AUGUACCAGAACAAGGAGACUCCGCCUGGCGUCCGAGCCCUGCGACACUGGGGCAGCGAGUUGUUCGUCGUCCUUCUGAGCCAGGCUCGAGUCGGACGUCAUCGGACGUCGUCGGACGUCCAUCGAAUGAAUCGAAUCUCAUCGGACAUCGUCAACAGCCUCCAGAUUGACUCCCGAGUUUUCGAGCACAAAGCGCUCGAGCCCGAAGCGAGAAAGCGGCAUCUGGCAGUGACGAAGAGCGCUCUUGGCCGCGUUCGUGGAUCGCUUGAGUUGCUGGCAUUGGAUGGCUUCUUUGAGUUUCAUUGA